AUGUCUGCACCGGCUGCCGCUGCCACCGCCCCCGCCGAGGGCGCCGAGACCAAGGUCGAGAACUUUGCCGAUGUCACAUUGACAAAGUACAAGCUGGCCGGCGAGGUCAGCGCCAAGGCCAUCAAGACGGUCAUUGCCGCCAUCAAGGAGGGCGCCACCGUCAUUGACCUGUGCCAGCUCGGCGACAAGGCCGUCGAAGAGGGCACCGCCGCCGUCUACAAGGACAAGAAGGUGCUCAAGGGCCUCGCCUUCCCCACCACCGUCUCGAUCAACAACAUCGUGUGCAACUACGCGCCGCUGGCCACCGACGAGGCCGCCUCGCAGGCGCUCAAGGCCGGCGACGUCGUCAAGAUCCAGCUGGGCGCGCACAUCGACGGCCUGGCCACCGUCAACGCCGAGACGGUCGUCGUGGGCGCCACGGUCGACAAGCCCGUCACGGGCCGGACGGCCGACGCCAUCAAGGCGGCGCACGUCGCCGCCGACGUCGCCAUCCGGCUCAUGAAGCCCGGCGCGCUCAACCACGACAUCUCCAAGCAGGUCGAGGCCGCCAUUGCCGAGUUUGGCGUCAAGGCCAUCGAGGGGAUGCAGACCAACCAGUUCAACAAGAACGAGAUCGACGGCAAGAAGAAGAUUGUGCUCAACGCCGAGCCCUCGUCGCGCCCCGACGCCGCCAAGCUCGAGGAGGACGAGGUGUACGGGCUCGACAUCAGCGUCACGACGGGGCCCGACGGCAAGACCAAGUCGGACGAGUCGCGCACCACCAUCUACAAGAAGACCAACAGCACCUACAUGCUCAAGAUGGCCACGUCGCGCAAGGUGUUUAGCGAGAUCCAGAAGAAGGCGGGCACCUUCCCCUUCAACGUGCGCUCCCUCGACGACCAGCGCCGCGCCCGCAUGGGCGUAAAGGAGUGCGCCAACCACGGCCUCGUCGUCCCCUUCAACGUCCUCCACGACGGCACGCCCGGCGCCGUCACGGCCCAGGUCUUCCUCACGGUCGCCGUCAACGCCAAGGGCGCCAUCCGCCUCACCCCGGCCCCCACCUGGUACAGCGCCCAGGUCGUCAAGAGCGAAAAAGAGGUCCAGGACGACGCCAUCAAGGCCAUCCUCGCCACCUCGGUCCGGUCCACCAACAAGAAGAAGAACAAGUCGGCCAAGAAGGACGACGCCGCCGCCCCCGCGUCGGCCUAA